AUGUCCAUCUUGCUACUGGAUAACGAGGAGAAUAAUGCAAGCAAAAUACUCGAGAGAAACGGCUUGAUAGAUGAAGGAGACAUAGGAAAAGACCUCCUUGCGGACGAAUUAAGGAAAUCAAUCCAGGAAACCACAGCCGACAUGCCUUUAGGAAAAGCACUUCAUUUAUUGCUCAAUGUCCAUCGCCAAGUAUUUGACAAGGCCGUCUCUUCUAUACAAAAGAGUUCGACAACAGCAGAGAUAGCCAUCAAGGUUGCAGAAUCUCCAACUAUCAAGGCUCUCUUAUCCAUCCAGAAUCACAUAUCAAAAGACCCUCCAGCAUUGUUCAAACAAAUCUAUGAUUCACUCAAAGACAAGUUUCUCAAGAAGCAGCCAGAUGAAGCAGCUAUGCGUGUAGUCAGCUAUUUCACAUUGGACUCGAGCACUUGCAAGGUUCAGGCACAGCAAGUGUUGAUAGAUAAACUGAAAUCAGCGGAUAAGAAGGACCAGCUAGCAGUAGUAGUGCUGCUUCAAUUUCUCAUGAAGCACUACAGCGAUUCUAUGAGCAGAGUGGCAUCAGUAUUCUUCACUUCUGUAGUACAACUAAUCGAAAUGCGAUCAAGCCAACCUACACUCUUGCCUUGUUCGGCCUGUGAACUGGCAUUGCAGUGCACCCAGAUAGCAUUGACAACCUCACCAGACGCAUCGACAAGCGAGACAUCCAGCGCCAAGAUCAUGGAAGUGGAAGAGAUCGAGUUCAUAGAUGCAUCAGAGGAUAUUUGGCAAGGGUUGGAUAAAAUACUACAAGUACUGGAAAGGUGGCAAAAAUCAAAAAGCAGCAUUGAACCAGCAGCUUACAAGGAGCUCCAUAAAAUGAUACACGACAAAAAUACAGCAGCAUGGAAAGCUCUUGUCAAAUACAUCACACCGAAAAGCAUUUUAUCAGACAAACCAUUGGCUUUGAAGAAGCAGAGACAGAUCUUGUCGGAUGCAGAGAUUAGCAGCAGCACACAACUGUUGAUCUUAGCAUUGCUACAGAAAGGACAGUGGAUUGAAGUCUAUGGAGACAAAAGGAGCGCUGUUGUGACAUCAAUCGAGCAAGACGACAUCAAGUCCAUCGUCCAGGAAAAGUUCGAGUCAUCGAUGCAACUAGAGUACCUUGUGCCACAGCUUGCGAUGACUUUACCUUGCCUAUUCUCCUAUUCAAAGAUUACCGACAAUCAGAUGAUACAGAGUAUCAUAGACCAAACAAUGAAUUCCUCGGAUGAAACGCUUAGUAGACUGACACCCAUGCUGAUGAACCAGCCAGAACCAUCCAUUUGCUACCUUUUGAUGCACAUUGUGCAACAAAAUACUCACUCCCAGUUUGCGUACGGCAUGUUGACUCACCUUAUAUACAGGCAAACAGAUCAGACAGUUGCUAUACUACAAGAUAACCUGCUUUCUCUAGUCAAGCAGAGCAACCAAGCGUGCGAAUUGCUUAUCAAAUGCAUGGAAUUUGCAGAUCUGCCUGUGCUGAUUCGAAAGUUGAUGAAAAUGUCCAUUGUGGAAGACGAGAGAGAAAAGAUGACAUGCAUUGCACUCAUUUCCAAAGCACUUUUGCAAGAACGUUGGGCGAGUAGCAGCAUACUGAAUUACAUUGAGAUGGUCCGGGAUUUUAAGCUUCACAGAGGGUUCACAGCGCCAAAUUCGACUGUACAUCUACAGGGACCACAGGACAUUGCCUCAUUGAAUUGGACAGCAGCUAAAGGGAGUGAGGUAUUUGAGCCUGACCAAGUACAAACUAUCAGUAUAUCACUUUUGUUACCUCUACAGCUUUGGAGUACGCGUGUGAGUGAGCACAGUUUUGGAUCAGCACUACGACAGCUUGUGCAGUAUUGCUGUGGUAUACCAAAGGAUGGUACGUGGAUUGAAGCAUGGAAGCAGCUCUCUUUUGCGUUUGUCAAAAAUCAUCAGCUUGUAUGGAAUGUUGUUGAGGAAUGCACCCAUAAUCUCACAUCACAGAUCAGCAUCACUCAGGACGUGGUCAGUGACAUAUCUAUGCAGACCAUGGGCUGGAAGGAGAAUAUCGUGUUUUUGAGAUUAAGCCCUAUGUUGAUAUUGCAAACCAUACCCAAAGAAGCAUUUGAUGUACUUUUACUGCCCAACAGCUAUGUAAAUCUGAUUGCACACAAACUAGAAAAGAUUGGCGUCGGUCGAGAUAUAAUCAAGACAAGCCAGCAGCAAGAUGCGCAUACACCUGUUUGUAUCCAGUUGAUGGAUGAGUUAUUGCAAAGGUCAUUCGAGGAAGAUCAGUUGAAUCAGAACAUACAAAAUCCAGUGGAUUUUAGUAUAAGUUUAUUAGUGAAACUGUUCUGUGUGUAG